CCCAUCAGCGCCAUUUCCAAUUUUGCCCUCCUCGCUGACCUGGCAACAUUCCACUUCCCAAGUCAUCCUCUCACAGUCUCACCUUGGGCACUUUGCGUCGCUGCCAAGAAAACCAUUAGCUUUCACUGAGCUUUGGCCGAUCACUUUGUUGCAUCGCUUUGUUCCACAUGGGAUAUGAGAGAUGGAUUGUCAAUGUGAAAUGAUAUAUGAGGUGGGAUAUGAGAGAUGGAUUCUCACGAUGAAAUGAUAUAUGAGGCUAAUAAGCACACUAUUAUUUUGAUGCAAACUUCUCCAAACAGAUCCACUAGAACAUUUAUGGAUUAUGAAUCAAUAAGUCAAGCUAUGGAUGGUAUAUGUGGACUAUAUGAAAGGAAGCUUAAGGAGUUGAAUCCAGCCAUCAGAAACAUCACUUAUGACAUUGCAGAUCUCUAUAAUUUUAUUGAUGGCCUUGCAGAUUUGAGUGCCUUAGUUUAUGAUCACUCAAUCCAUGCUUAUUUGCCAUGCGACCGGCAAUGGAUUAAACAGCGCACCUUUCAACAUCUAAAGAAAUUGGCACACUAAAUUUAUUAUGAUGCUGCGGCUUAUGCAUCCACUUACCACCAGAUUGUCUGUAGACUUGGAUUGUGUAUUACUGGCAUGGAAUGGGUUUGAUGUCUAGAAUUUUUUGAGUUGUAUAUGAUGUCAAGGUGUUUAAUAUGGAAGCUGGAUCCUCUCUCUUUGUGAGCAUGUAUUUUUGAACAAACACAACUUUAUGCUCAAGUUUCGGAUAAAAAGCAAGUGCUUUUGUUUGGUAAUGUUAUUUUGUAUGGAAGUACUCCCUUUGCCUAGAAAGGCUGGCCUUUGAUAUUGGACCCUGUUAGUUUCAUGUGA